ACGUUUGCUGAUUUCCCCGGUGCCAUUUCUGCGUUCGACAUGUCACUCUCGUCAACUUUUCCCUUCGAGAAUGUCGCAAAUUCGUGGAACGGAGAUGGCGCGGCAAUAUCGGAGACAAGCUAUUUGGAAGACGUGCUUGAAGACGAGGAGGAGGCUCGUGUCGAUCGUGAUUCCGGUCAAGGCUCCUCCAUUGACACCUCUCCAGAGGAUGUCGCCGAAAGCAUUGGAGAGGGAAGCCCGAGCGUGACAACCAGCGAGGAGGGAAGCGCAACAAAGAGCACGGGGACCAUGAUACGGAUACCGCGCAAGAGAAGACGUCGCAGCUCCUCGAGUACCAUAUCCGCUGUUGGGGUUCUUUACCCGCCGGUGCCGUUCGCGACUCGUUUGCUCUCUUCCGCGAAUAGCGCCUUCCUCACUGAGGGUCUUCUCAAAAUCUACCACGACACAUUCGAGCAUGCCCUCUCAUGUUGGCUGACUGAAAGGACAUGUCCGUAUAGUAAGGACUCCGACCUCUCUCUUCCCAACGAUACCGGUCCGGACUGGAAUCGCAUAUACCAUCGGGUGUUCAGACUGGAUCGCUUGGCAUCCUCAAUCAGAGGAAGGAACCUCUCGUUCGCCGAAGACAAAGCCUCAUCGAAAGCCGUAAACCUGUCUAUAUUCGCAUUUGCUUCGCAAUGGGCUCAGGCCAGCCAAAGGACCAACGCCAAGUACCCGUUUCAUAGUGAUAAAGUGGACGGCAGAAGCAACUUGUUCACAAACACUGAAGAGACUGAGCCCGGAAGUUUCGACCGCGCUCUCCAAGUAUCGGCAUGGCAUCAAGCUAGGAUGGCGCUGCAGGAGGCUGCCGAGAUCGAGUCCUUCCGGGUCGUGCUUGCGCAGAUCGUGUUUUCCUUGACGCAAAAACCGGUGGAGAAGGACGAACAGGGUAAGCAGAAAUCCAAUAAUGAGGACCCUCACGCUUCGCUGCCCCAUGCAGAAAACGAGGAGAAGGCGACCUUGAGCGCGGAGUCAAGCCAGGUGGGGGAUAAAGACGUGAACGAGUGCGAAGACUUGCUCUCCAAGUUAAAUCUCACCAUGGAUGGCGAAGGUCCUCCCAUUCAUCUCGAGCAAGGACUGCGGCUCAUCCACUCCCUCAGAUCGCGCAUGACGAUGUCGGGAACCAUGGCUCGACCGAAGAAGACGCCACGCUGUUGGAAGCAGUCUCGCUUUGCGUCGAAUCGCCUGGAUGCCGCGGACCGGGCUACCGUCGAUCUUCUGUUCUGGCUGGGUAUCAUGUUCGAUACGCUGUCCUCAGCGAUGCAUAAGCGGCCAUUGGUAGUGUCGUUAGAAGACAGCGAUUUGCCGGCAGCAAGAGAGGCCUCUCAGGAUUCCUCGCCUCCGGAAAGGGCGCUGAACCUCAUCGCGAAGACGGAUGAUCUCUGGGACGACUAUUUGUUUAGUCGGCAACGAAAGCGACUCCAGGGAAGGCCCGUCAGGUGGCCUUGCUCGCACGACGCCGCGGCUUCCAUUCUAUGCGACGCAGCUCCCGUCAAAGUUCUUCUUUUCCGGAAAGUGACGCGCAUACAGACGCUACUCUCACGCAACGCCCACGGCGAAAGAAUUGAGAGGGCAGUCCAAGCAGCACUGGAAGUCUACGAGCACUGGCAGAAAUUGUAUGCGCCCUUCAUCCGCGACUGCAUCGAGAACCACGAUCGACUCCCGUGCCGAGUGCAGUCGUGGUACAUCUGCUUGACCGGCCACUGGCAUCUUGCGACGCUGCUGCUGGCGGACCUGAUCGAGAUCAUCGACGAUGCGGAGCUGAGCCUUGAAUCGAAGCGUCGCCAGCGGACAUGGUCCAACUUUAUUGCAACAUUCAGGGAGAAGAACUGCCGUUCAUUGUCAGAUAUUGCGAGAUGCGCGUGUCCACGGGAAGACGCUUCGUUCCCUCAUUCACGCGAAUUCCACUUCGCCGUCAACCAAGGAGCGCUCCUGACGGAGCCUUGGACUGCCGUGCUGAUCCGGGCCUUCGCUACAGCGGGCGUCAUCCUGCUCGACUCCGCAGCGACCCCUCGCGAGGACGGGCAAGAUGUACAUGAUCAAGAGGAUGCGUUCCGUCGAGCCGAUGACUGUGUGAGGGCGCUCUGGUACCUCGGCCGGAAGUCGGACAUGGCUCUUUCGGCGGCUAGGAUCCUCGGGGACGCACUCAAACAGAGACGGAAGGGACUAGAGGAGAAGGUGACUGAUAUGAGCUCUUUCCUUGAGGCCGAGCUGUGGGAAGGAUUCGACGAAAUGAAUGGGGCGUUCGGCGUUGAAUGCGUGUGA